AUGGCUACCAUCGAUACCUUCACAUUCUUCUUAUUCCUGUUCUUCCGUCCUCAAAUCACCACCGCCUCGUGUGGUGAACCGAAAUGCGCCCCUGAAGGCCCGUCAGUUCGAUUCCCUUUCAGCAGGCUAAGUUACAACAACCAUUUCUCAAAAAAUUGUGGGUAUCCAGGGUUUGGUCUCUCAUGCAACGACCAACGUCAAACUAUUCUCACUCUCCCAUUUUCUGAGGACUUCAUCGUCCAAAACAUCAACUACUUGGAUCAAGUUGUAACGAUCAACGACCCCGAUAACUGCCUCCCUAGACGGUUUUUCCACCGUGACCUCAGUCUUGUAAUCGAUACACCCUUUGUAUACACAUAUGGCCCUCUAAACUACACGUUCCUCACAUGCUCCAUCUAUAACAAAACCUGGUCUGCACCCUUGAUCUCUUGCCUCAGCAGCGAGAAGAACUAUGUCAUUGUUGUGCCAACGAGUUUUUCAUUGCCUCCUGAUCAGGAACCCUACCAUCGAUUUUGCACUGUGAUUUCCACAACUUCAGUUCCAAGAUCAUUUGAUUGGCAACAUCUUGAACUUGGCGCUCAGUUGACUUGGCACACGCCUGAUUGCCGUUUUUGUGAAUCAAGUGGUCAUGUUUGUGGCUCAAAGAAUGGCAGAGGUUCCGCAGUUCAGUGCUUUGAUUCUUCAAAACCCGGUCCAUCAAGGGCUGCAAUUUAUUGCCGAAUGAUAAGCGUGGGAAUUUCCGUAUUGUUAAUUGUGGGAAUUGCAAUUCAUGUUCGGGACAAAAAGAGGGCUAGCAAUGAGCCCCGCCAACCCAAUAUGGAAUUGUCCAUCAUAACCGAUCAACAACCUUCGGGGCACUGUGCCCUCCUGUCUGGACAUUAUGAACCGGUUGACCCCGUGCAUCUCCUACCUGCUGCAUGGGUAGCAAAGCCGCCUCCGGCUUGCUGUAACGGUGUGCAAUACCUCACCAAGUACUCAAACGGCAAGGAAGAUAUGCGGGCUAUAUGUGGCUGCAUCAAAUGUGCAGCUAAUAUGAUGGGGUCUAUUGAUUUUUCUCUCAUUUCUGAUCUGCCUAGCAAGUGUGGUGUUUGUGUUAACCUUCCACCUAUCUCAAGAAACAUCGAUUGUUCCCAGUAA